AAGCAGCCGCUUCCAGCAGCAGUCUCCACAGCACCGCUUUGCUGCUGCGACCCAGACAUACGCCGUUUGCAUCGGUCUCUUCGAGCUCUCCGAGAUGAACCGCCUGCUGCUGGCGAGCCUCUGCGCCUGCCUGGUUGCCGUGUCGUCCGUUCCCGUGCCGGCGACUUUGCUGACAACAGAUGAUAGCGUGGCUAGGUGCGUCGGUGAGGUGGUCACUCGCGCCAUCUCGGAAGCCAGCCCUGCGCCCGCCACGGAAAACUGCCUCCGCGUGUUGCGAGAAGAUGAAAGAAUUAAUGGCUUUCUUCAUCGUAAAGAUUUAAUCCAAGUGCUGCAGCAACUCUCCAGGCACGCUGAACUAAUUGAAGCUCCGCGCCAACAAGAGGCCGAGAGAACGGCGGUGCCGGACGCCUGGGCCAAUCGCCCGGUUGAAAGUGACCAAGGGGGAGAGGAUCCGCUGGGAGGCGCGGGAGAGUGGGUCCAGCACGGCGGGGAGGGGGCGCGUGAAGGGGUGGCAGGAAUGGGGAGAGUGACCAAGGGAGAACGCGCGCAUCUCGUCAAGCAGGGGGGACCAGGCGAUGGGGCUACACGUGACGAUGACGAUGAUGAUGAUACAUCGGCAGCCGUCGAUAAAAGAAACGUAAAUUACAGGAACCGCGGUGGGAGCCGACGCGGAAGUGAAGGUCUUGGAAUCGAGGCGAGGAACGUUGAGACGGGAUACGAGCUGCGUGGAGAUGGCCUUGAGCACAACGCCGCUGAGCCUCGCGUAGUCACGAAGGGCGACGGCGUCGACGAUGACGACGACGACGACACCCGCGAACGUGCCCGUGGGGACGGGGCGACGCGGUCGAUUGAAAGAGAAGACGGCGAAGACGGCCGAGAUUAUCAAACCGGGGGGGGGCAUCUCGAAGGCGCGAGAUUUUCCCGGCAUCCCAGCGACGAACGUGAAAGCGAACGACCCGCGCCGCUGACGCUUUCUGAACAGGAACGGAACGCGGCUCCUAACCACCGCGAAGGCGAUGACGACGACCGCCACCAGAAUGCCGGUGGAGGCCAUGGAGAAGCGGAGGAAGGGAGAAGCUCGAGGGCAACGGAUCUAAGAGCCGGCUUGCGGGAGCGCCGUGGACGAGAGGGCGAGUCGGAGGGCGAGAAGGUGGAGGAGGAGCUCAUACGGAUGACCCUGCAGAGCGCUGGUGGGAAGGCGAGCAUGGGGGGUCCCAGUCGAGAUGCCGCAGACGAUGCCACCACUGCCGCCACCGCCGCGUUGCUUCCUGCGGAGAGGGAACGGAGUGACGACGCGCCCGGCGUUACGCUGGCGCUUGGCGACGCAGCGGUUGCAAAGCGAGAAUCUGCUGCUGCUGCUGCUGCUGCUGCUGGUAGUGGUGGUACCGCCGCCACGCGCCAGGCGGGAAGGGAGAUCGGUUCGGAGGGAUUCGUGGGAAAUCCCCACGGAGCCACGGAUCGUGGCAGUCGUGCGGCCUGGAGCAGCAGCGAAGAGGACAAAGAACUCGCAGAAAUCGCAGCGAUGGAGUUGGAACUGGAGAGCAUCGUUCAUAAAAUUGAAGAUCUCAAGAGAGGGUAAACAUGCUUAAGUGCUUGGUCACUGUUAACUUUUUUCUUAAAUUAUCUUUUUGGAAGAUUUGAAAACCGGGUGGUUUGGGAGAUUUGUAAACACUUUUAAUAGGUUUUUUUUAAUUAUAUAUGAAGUAUUGAAGCAACAAAAAAAUACUUGGACUGAAAGUUUGAUGUUAGCGCAUUUUGUUGACUCGCUCGAAGAGAGAGGCAAUACUUUAUACAUGUCCUGUGUGCUAUAUAUUUAAUCAUUUUCAGUCGCACACGGGAGACCUGACAAUCGUUUUAACCCUUUCCCAUUCCAAUGAUGUACGUCAUCAGUUUUGCAGGAAGAAAACUAAACUUAAAAGUACGUAACUUUAUCGGUACCGAGGCUCCCACAUGGCAAUGCGGGAGGGCGGUGUGGCACAGUUUUUGGCGCCUGCUAUCGUACAGUGUGUGGUCGUGUCGCCACAGUCUCUGCGGUGAUCGCGAUGUCAUUUAAAAACCAUCUUCGCCACGCCUCUCUCAAUAAAGUGAACGCGAAACCGAUUGCGCGUUCCGAGAUUCGUUGGUGUAUGGGCCGCCCGCCCGUCGUGCAACUCGAGACGAGCGCUCAGGUGACGCGGUAACGCCGUGCCCCCCUGGGUGCGUCCGACGUCGGGCGUGACGAUCGACGUCGUCAUUCCCGCCCCCCAAACUAACCUUGGCCACGAAGCAGAUUCGGAUGCCUUUCUUGUGACGGCAAAUGACAUUAGCACGGUUUAGUUCCGGCCCGGGGAGACGGAAAAGAGGCAGUGGCGAGGGAAAAGACGACCCCGCAACCGUGACUGGCAAACCCGGCGCUGGUUCGGUUCGGGUGUGCCGGUGGAAAAAGAGCGGCACGGUGACAAUCGUGGUUCGCCUUUCCGUCCAAACGCACGCUGGGUCAAUGGCUCCCCGCUGACUUGAAACCCGUCUUGGCAGGCGUCUGCGCGUUUGUGUGCGCACGCCGUUUCCUGUACGUUCCGUGUCUUUCUUGUUCAUGGGUUCUCGUCUCUGUGGCGUCCGAGGUGGGCAGUCGCAGAACAAUGUGUAAAUCGCACAAACGCAUUAUUGCUCGCUUGUCCUCCUUCUGUGCGUUGUUCUACAAAGAAAUAAAUUCCUAUUUGACGACGAAACAAAUGGUAAUGUGGUUUUU